CGCGAGACUUGUGUCUGCCCAACGGUCUUCUUCCGCGGCUGUGCGCCCCUGCUCUGACCAGCCAUGUUCCUUCUCUUUGCACUCUUUGCUGAGCUUGGAAUGCUGCAGGCCAGCCGGGAUUCUGAAGGAAUAUUCCUGCAUCUCACAGUGCCACAAAAGAUAAGCUCAAAUGAGAGUGAAGUUUCAGAGNNNNAGGUGACUUAUAUCCUUUCAAUUGAUGGAAAACCUUAUACUCUGCACCUUAGAAAACACUCAUUCCUGUCCCAGAAUUUUUUGGUUUAUACAUAUAGUAAAACGGGAUCUUUGCAAUCUGAGUCUUCAUAUGUUAUGAUGCAUUGUCAUUACCAAGGAUACGUUGCAGAAUCUCCACAUUCUGUUGUGACACUCAGUGUCUGCUCUGGCCUCAGAGGAUUUCUGCAGUUUGAAAAUAUCAGCUAUAGAAUUGAACCACUAGAAUCUUCAGCAAGAUUUGAGCAUAUAAUUUACCAAGUGAAAAAUGGCAAUCCAGAUGUACUGACCUUAGCAGAUAAUUACAGCCAUAUUAGGCAGAAAGACCAGCUCUACAAAUUUCAUUUAAACUCACAGGAAAAAUUUAUUUCAAAACUAUUACCCCAGUAUUUAGAAAUGCACAUCGUAGUGGAAAAAGCUUUGUUUGAUUAUAUGGGAUCUGAAAUAAUGGCUGUAACACAGAAAAUUGUCCAGAUUAUUGGGCUUGUCAACACUAUGUUUACCCAGUUCAAAUUGACUGUUAUGCUGUCUUCCUUGGAAUUGUGGUCACAUAAAAACCAAAUUUCUACCAGUGGGGAUGCUGAUGAUGUAUUACAAAGAUUUUUAGCAUGGAAACGGAACUAUCUUAUCCUACAGCCCCAUGACAUAGCUCAUUUACUUAUUUACAGGAAACAUCCUAAAUAUAUGGGAGCAACAUUUCCUGGAACAAUAUGCAAUAAAAACUAUGAUGCAGGUGUUGCUAUGUAUCCAGAUGCUAUAAGUUUGGAGGGAUUUUCAGUUAUUAUAGCUCAGCUGCUUGGACUUAAUAUAGGAUUAACAUAUGAUGACACCAAUAAUUGUUCUUGCCCAAGAGCUACAUGCGUAAUGAAUCAAGAAGCAGUGAGAGCCAGUGGUAUGAAGAUAUUUAGCAAUUGUAGCAUGUAUGAAUAUAAGAAUUUUAUUUCAAAUUUUGAGGCUCCAUGUCUUCAAGACCUUUCAUAUUUGCAACCAUUAUAUAAAAAUAAACCAGUUUGUGGUAAUGGAAUUUUGGAAUCUAAUGAAGAAUGUGACUGUGGUAAUGAAGAGGAAUGUCAAUUUAAAAAGUGUUGUGAUUUUAAGACUUGUAAACUGAAAGGCUCAGUAAAAUGUGGCUCUGGACCAUGUUGUACAUCCAAAUGUGAGUUUUCAGUAGCAGGAACUCCGUGUAGAAAGAGUACUGACCAGGAGUGUGAUUUUACAGAAUAUUGCAAUGGAACUUCCAGCCAUUGUGUUCCUGACACUUAUGCACUGAAUGGAUACUUGUGCAGGUUUGGAACUGCAUAUUGUUAUAAUGGGCAAUGCCGAAGUACUGAUAACCAGUGUGCCAAGAUAUUUGGAAAAGGUGCUCAAGGAGGUCCCUAUACCUGCUUUAAAGAAGUUAAUUCUCCUAAUGAAAGAUUUGGAAACUGUGGUUUUAAAAAUUCUCAACCAUUACCUUGUGAACAGAAGGAUAUUCUCUGUGGAAAAUUAACUUGUGUUUGGCCACAUAAAAAUACUUAUAAAACUGCUGCUCAAUAUACAGUUUAUUCAUAUAUUCAUGAUCAUGUAUGUCUAUCCAUAAUUCCUGGGUCGUCUUUGAGUUCAGAUGGAAGAGAUAAUGCUUAUGUGGCUGAUGGCACUGUGUGUGGACCACAAAUGUAUUGUGUAAAUAAAACCUGCAGAGAAACCCAUUUAAUGAGAUAUAACUGUAAUGCCACUAAAAAAUGCAAGGGGAAUGGGAUAUGUAACAAUUUUGGCAAUUGUCAGUGCUUUCCUGGCCAUAGACCUCCAGAUUGUACAUUUCAGAUUGGUUCACCAGGGGGCAGUAUCGAUGAUGGAAAUAUUCUAAAAUCUGAUUUAUUUUUUCUUAAAAAAGGCUAUAAUGCACAUCGGUACAACUGGCUUAUUCUGAGUUUCUACAUUAUUCUUCCAUUUUUAAUUUCUUUCAUCCUUGUUAUCAUUAAGAGAAAUGAAAGGAGAAAAUCAGACAACAGAGAGAACACAAAAUGUGAGGGUAAUUCAGCUAUUGUACCAGAAAGCUAUGAUGUGAAGUAUUAAUAUUGCCAAGAAGUUCAUCACCAAAUGGCAUAACAGAGAAAAUGUGCUUUAUAACCCCAUGUUAUGCCCAAAUGCAUUGUAAAUGUCAGACUUUUGGAAAAUAAAGCCCACAUACAUAGACAGCA